AAGACAGCUUCAUUCUAAAGAGGUGUAUCAAUCUCUUCAUUGCCCCUUUGUCCCCUCCAGAAUGCGUGCUGGGAGGGCCCCCUGGGUGGUGGCUCUGCUGGUGAACCUUAUGAGGCUGAAUUCCUUCAUGACUGAAGGCAGAGACUCCCCAGAGGAUUUUGUGAUUCAGGCAAAGGCGGACUGUUACUUCACCAACGGUACAGAAAAGGUACGCUUCCUGGUCAGGUUCAUCUUCAACCUGGAGGAGUAUUUACAUUUCGACAGUGACCUGGGGAUGUUUGUGGCACUGACGGAGCUGGGGGUGCCUGAUGCUGACCAGUGGAACAAACGCCUGGAUCUCCUGGAGACGAGCAGGGCCGCUGUGAACAUGGUCUGCAGGCAGAAGUACAAGCUGGGGGCCCCCUUCACCGUGGACAGAAAUGUGCCUCCGGAGGUGACAGUGUACCCAGAGAGGACCCCAUUGCUGCAGCAGCACAACCUGCUGCUCUGCUCCGUGACAGGCUUCUAUCCCGGGGACAUACGUGUCAGGUGGUUCCGGAAUGGACAGGAGGAGAGGUCUGGAGUCAUGUCCACUGGCCUUAUUAGGAAUGGAGACUGGACCUUCCAGAUGACAGUAAUGCUGGAAAUGACCCCAGAGCUCGGUGACGUCUACAGCUGCCUUGUGGAGCACCCUGGCCUCGCGAGACCUGUUUCUGUGGCCUGGAUGGUUCAGUCUGAAUAUUCCUGGAAAAAGAUACUGAGUGGAGCUGCAGCGUUCCUGCUUGGGCUAGUUGUCUUCCUGGUGGGGGCAGUCAUCCAUCUCAAGGCUCACAAAGCAUCUGUGGAGACUCAGCCUGGCAAUGAGGCCUCAAGAGCACUUCUCCCACCUCACCCCUAGUAAGAUCCUAAUGGAAGCUUCUCCCCCAGAGCCUGAAGAACUGUGACAAGGCUGCAGCCUCGGGCUGGGUAAAGGAUGCUGGCUCUUCAGUGUGUGAGAUGUGGUCAUGGAUCUUCCUCUUCUGUCCUGUACCUCAGCAGUCCUCGUUUCCAGGACUUGGUCCAUCAUCCCCUGGAGGACCUAAUUCAUUCCAGACCCUAGCUGCUUUGGUCUCUGUGGCCCAAUCCUAACCCUGUGACUGUGGAACCCCCAAUCCUUUCUGUCUUCCAACCACAGCUUCUAGUCUUCCAUACAGUUGCCAUAAAAAACCUUAUUGUACAAUAAAACAGUCACAGGUAACCACAGUGAAUGUAUAAAUAAAUGAUGUGUCUAAGGCAAAACCCGUGUGAUCACCUGCUCAGGUCAAAACACAGACAGUGGGGGUCUCCGUGUAAUUCCUCAGGCACCUCAGAAAAUAAACACUCACACUAUCCAUGUGGGGUCAUUGGAUACAGCCAAGCAUACAUUUCUGUAUACAAGAAUCCAUGGUCUUUCUUUUCUCCCAGACUUUCAGAUGUUUGACCUCAUCCUUUCUUUCAGUUAGGAUUAAAGCUGUUGAGAUGCCUCAGCCUCCAAGGUGAAGACUUCCCUCCCUCAGAUUUUGUUGCCUGCACCCACAUGGUGCCACCGGACACACUCUUUUGCCCUUUAUGUUUUCUAUGAGUUGGCACCUGAUGCAGACGUGGGUAGGGACUCUGGUUUGAUUCUUUGGAGUCUGGAGGAGGUCAUGACCUUUUCUGGAGUCACAGUGUAUCUCCUUGUUUCUCUUUUCGUAAUACAACAAGCACUGAUGCUAAUUGCCCCAGCUGCUAAUUUACUGGGGAUUGCUACAUUGUGACAGUCUAACUCUAGGAUUCUUUGUUUGUCUAUCCUGUGUUGUUGGUUCUGCUCACUCUUAGCUGCACUAGAAGUUCAAAGUCCAUGAUGGUAGAACUGUUGGUGUCUUGCAGUGGUUCCAACUUACACAGUGCCACUGCUGCAGGAUUCU